UGUUGCGCGUGAAGGGGAAAUGGCUGCCGAAAACAAGCCGGAAGGACUGAAGAAAGUUCGUAAUCCGGAUCGAAUGUACAGAUCAGCAGUGUGUUAUGCUGGCCAUGGUCCACCUAAGAGUAUCAGUGAUGACACAGAGACGAACAAUGAACAUGGACAUUUGAAAAUAUACCUGCCCAAGAAGCUGCUUGAAUGUCUACCAAAAUGCACCUCGCUGCCAAAGGAGAGACACCGGUGGAACACUAAUGAGGAGAUCGCAGCUUACUUGAUAACAUUUGAAAAGCAUGAAGAAUGGCUAACGACAUCCCCUAAAACAAGGCCGCAGAAUGGGUCGAUGAUAUUGUACAAUAGGAAGAAGGUGAAGUACAGAAAGGAUGGCUACUGCUGGAAGAAGAGGAAAGACGGGAAGACCACACGGGAGGAUCACAUGAAGUUGAAAGUGCAGGGAGUUGAGUGUCUGUAUGGCUGCUACGUCCACUCCUCCAUUAUCCCCACCUUCCACCGUAGGUGCUACUGGCUGCUCCAGAAUCCUGAUAUUGUGCUCGUCCACUAUUUGAAUGUUCCAGCUAUUGAGGAUUGUGGGAAACCAUGCGGUCCAAUUCUGUGCUCCAUCAAUACAGACAAGAAGGAGUGGGCCAAGUGGACGAAGGAGGAGCUGAUCGGCCAGCUCAAGCCCAUGUUUCAUGGCAUCAAGUGGACUUGCAGCAAUGGGAACAGCAGCUCUGGCUUCUCAGUGGAGCAGCUAGUGCAACAGAUUCUGGACAGCCACCAAACUAAGCCACCUCCCCGGACUCACAACUGCCUCUGCACGGGCACCCUGGGUGCUGGGAGCAGUGUGCACCACAAAUGCAACAGCGCCAAACACCGCAUCAUCUCCCCUAAGGUGGACCCCCGCUCAGGGGGCUACAGCAGUGCUCACUCUGAGGUACAAAACAACGAUGUGUCGGAGGGGAAGACCGAGCACAGCGCCCAUGGCGGAGGAAAAAGCUCUGGGGGAGGAGGUGGAGGGGGCAGUGCCAGGGAGAAACGCAAUGGCAAAGUCCACAAGCCCGUCCUGCUGCACCAGAACAGCACAGAGGUGUCAUCCACCAACCAGGUUGAGGUCCCUGACACCACACAGAACUCCCCUGUGUCCAUCAGCAGCGGCCUCAACAGCGACCCAGACAUGGCUGACAGCCCCGUGGUGACAGGGAUGAGCCACGUGGCCUCUGUCAUGUCUGGCCUGUCCCAGAGUGUCUUUAUGUCUGAGGUCACUGGAGACCCUGUCUACAGCAUGUCUCCAACCGGGGGUCCCAACACUCACCUGAUGGGUGCAGAUGCCACGUCACAGGGCUUGGUGCUGUCUGUGACCUCUGAUCGUCACAAAUUUGCCUUCCCCAGUGGAGGAGUAGGGGAACCUGGGACUACUGCGGCAGGAGACAACCUGGCCAUGCUGUCUUCAGCUGGGGUUUCUGAGGAACUGGUGCUGUCCAGCAGUCUGGACGCUGGAAGCAUCAAAAUCCCAGAGACCAAUAUGAACUUUGACCCGGACUGCUUCCUGAACAACCCCAAACAGGGCCAGACCUAUGGAGGCAGUGCAAUGAAGACGGAGGGCAACUCUUCCUCAACCUCAUCUUCCUCCGGUGGCAGCAGUUGCACCAACGGCAGUCUGCAGCGCUCCCCUCCCAUGUCAGACAAUGGCUACACCUUCAGCUCAGCUUUGGUAAAGAAUAUCAAGACAGAAGACACAUCCUUUGAGCAGCAGCUGGCCCAGGAGAGUGGCUACCAGGUGGGGCCAGUAGUGAACUGUAGCAGCGGGGUGUCUGUGUCAUCUGGUGCUGGUUCAGGCCAGGGUAGCCUUACUCUGACAGCAGCAGGCUCCCUGCUUCCUUCUGGUGGGGGGCUGAGUCCCAGCACCACCCUGGAGCAGAUGGAUUUCAGUGCUAUUGAUGCCAAGCAGGACUAUACUUCCAGCGCUACCACAGUGAGCUAUGGUCAGGCCAUGUCCAGUCCUCACGUGCAACACCAGAACUGUUCGCCCAGCUUCUUCCUCCAGGAUUCUUCUCAGACCGGCCAGGCCCAGCAGGGGAGGCCCAGCAUGGGCCAGAAAACACAUUUGAUGGAGCACAACUCCCAUGACUCUGGGGCUUAUAUGGGGUUGCAAGUGGUGAAGACGGACUCCCCUGGCAGCAACGGCCACCUCCACCAUCACCACCAGGCCCACCAGAGCCAGCACAGGGCCAACUGCAAUGGAGGCUCACCCACAGAGGGGCCUGGCCAGGCUGGCUCUCUCCAGCUGCUACAGUACCAGGGGAGCUUUCCUGGGCUGGGCACUGAGCAUGAGGAGGUGGUGGGUCUAGAGCAACCGGGCAAUGUGAAUUCAGCUCAGGCCGGAGCCACUGAGAACGGAGCUGAUAAUCUAAUCAAGCCAGGAGACCACAUUCAGGCCUGUGGGGCAGGAAACGGCGAGGGCGCAGAGCACUACCUGCAACAGGCCUCGGACGGUGGCGGAGGAGGGACUGGAGGUGCAGGAGAAGGAGUAGCAAUUCACAAUGGCAACAACAACAGCGAUGGCAGCAACCGCUCCCAGCAGCAACAGCAGCUGCAGCCUCUCCUCCAAGGCACGAGUAUGGUCCAGGGACUCUACAACGCUGUCGGAAGCCACCAAGGCCUGGGUGGAGCGGCCAGUAACGGAGGAGCAGGAGGGACCGGCAUGGAGAUCAGUCUGGAUCACUUUGACAUCUCUUUUGGUAACCAGUUCUCUGACCUCAUCAAUGACUUCAUCUCAGUGGAUGGCAGUGGAGCCACCAUGUCAGCUGGAGGGGCCCUCUAUGCUCACCAGCUUGUCACAUCCCACAGUUCUGAUAGUCAGAACACAGCUGGUGGGGCCCCCCAGCAGGGCCAGGAAGAUGGAGGGGUCAGGGGCUCUGGCUACAGCCCCUCAGAGCUCUGCCUUCAACCCUGCUGCAGCCCCCAGUCUCUGAGUGGAGGGGCUGGAGCAGCGGGAAACACAGGAGAGCCAGGCUCAUUGUCCUACAUGAAUGUAGCAGAGGUGGUGUCUGCAGCUGUAGCACAGGGGGCUCUGGGGAUGCUUCAGGCCACGGGCCGGCUCUUCAUGGUCACUGACUACUCCCCUGAGUGGUCCUACCCCGAGGGUGGAGUUAAGGUGCUGAUCACUGGGCCCUGGCAAGAGGCCAGCUCAAACUACAGCUGUCUGUUUGACCAGAUCUCAGUCCCAGCUUCUCUCAUCCAACCAGGGGUGCUGCGCUGCUACUGCCCAGCGCAUGACACAGGUCUGGUUACGCUGCAGGUGGCUGUCAGUAACCAGAUCAUAUCCAACUCGGUGGUGUUUGAGUACAAGGCCCGCGCUCUUCCUUCACUGCCUUCAUCUCAGCACGACUGGCUCUCGCUGGAUGAUAACCAGUUCAGAAUGUCUAUCCUGGAGCGCUUGGAGCAGAUGGAGAGGAGGAUGGCAGAGAUGGCCAGCCACCAGCAGUCAAGCAGUGCAGGGAGUGGCGGAGCUGGGGGAGGAACAGGGGGGGGGGGGGGAGGAGGAGGAGGAGGAGCUAAGUGUUUAUCUGGUCAGACACAGGCCAGCAGCUCCUUUGAGAGUCGUGUCGUUGUGGUCUGUGAGAAGAUGAUGAGCAGAGCUUGCUGGGCCAAGUCCAAACAUUUAAUCCACUCCAAGACCUUCAGAGGCAUGACACUCCUUCACCUGGCUGCAGGCCAGGGCUACGCCACCCUCAUCCAGACACUCAUCAAGUGGCGCACCAAACAUGCUGAUAGUAUUGAUUUGGAGUUAGAAGUGGACCCUCUCAAUGUAGAUCACUUCUCCUGCACGCCUCUGAUGUGGGCAUGUGCACUGGGUCACCUGGAGGCAGCAGUGGUCCUGUAUAAAUGGGACAGACGUGCCCUAGCUAUCCCAGAUUCUCUGGGUCGCUUACCCCUCUCAAUUGCCCGAUCUCGUGGCCAUACCAAAUUGGCCGAAUGUCUAGAGCAGCUACAAAGGGAAGAGCAGCAGCCACCAGCCCCUCUGCCACCUGCAACUCGCAUGUCUUUCUCCCCAGCCCCCGACACCCCCACUACAGACAGCUGGAUGGUCAGCUGGGCAAACAACAGUGGAGUAGCACCCAGUGGCAAGAAAGGGUGUCCUGCCACCACUACAACCACAGCCAGUACCACAAGCCUCAAUCCAGGCCACAGCAGCCUGGGGAAGGAGAAACUGGUCAACCGGUUGCGUCAGCGGGAACAGCUAGGCAUGCUGGUGAUGGCUGACAGAGAAAUGGCUGAUGCAGAACUGUUAUCCUAUCGGGAAGAUCUGGAGAACCAGGACUGUCUCACACAGAUGGAUGACCUGCAGGCAAAUAUGAUGACUCUGGCAGAGCACAUCAUUGAAGCAACGCCAGAGAGAAUCAAAAGGGAGAACUUCACAACAGUGGACUCUGUGCCCGUAGACACGUCAGGGGUCAGCAACACCAUGAACUGGCUGGCCAACUACCUUGGAGAUGUGGAACAGCUGCCGAGUAUCAUACACCUACGAUCUCUGUAUAAUGAAACCUUGACCCCCUCAUCCAACCCCAGUCUCAGUCCUGGGGGGUCGCCACUGAGAGAGGGGCCCCUGGAGAGGUCUACACUCCCAUCCCCAGCUGACUGGAGUGAGUUCAUCAAUGCCUCCAACAGCAAGGUGGAGCGAGACCUGGCCCAGCUGACUCUGUCAGAUCCAGAGCAGAGAGAGCUGUAUGAGGCCGCCCGCCUAGUCCAAACUGCCUUCCGCAAGUACAAGGGGCGGCCGCUCCGAGAGCAACAGGAAGUAGCUGCUGCUGUUAUUCAACGUUGUUACAAGAAAUACAAACAGUAUGCACUUUAUAAGAAGAUGACGCAGGCCGCCAUCCUUAUCCAGAGUAAGUUCCGCAGCUACCACGAACAGAAGAAGUUUCAGCAGAGUAGGAGGGCUGCCAUGCUCAUUCAGCAAUACUACCGCAGCUACAAGGAGUUUGGCAGGCUGAAGCCCCACCACCGCGGGGCUGCUGCCGCCCUCAUGCAGCACAAACUAAGAGGUAGUCUGCUCACAAAGAGGCAGGAUCAGGCUGCCAGGAAGAUCAUGAGGUUUCUACGUCGCUGCCGCCACAGCCCCUUGAUGGACCAUAGACUGUUCAAGCGGGGUGAAAGAAUUGAAAAGGGCCAGGGAACAUGAGACCCCUCAGAAGAGCCCCCUCAUGAUGUGACAUCACUCUCUUGACUCCGCUUUUCUUUUUUGUUUGUACCCGAGAGAUUUUACAAGAGAAAUGAAAGACGAAAAAAAAAAAAAAACAUCAAUGCAAGCACUGCAAUUAUUACUACUACUGCAGUGUUACUGGUUCAACUACUAUUACAUGUACAACAGCAUUUUUUCACAUAUCUUUUCUUUCCACUGACUUGAUUUGGUCAGAGAGUGGCAACUUCUACGGGAUUAUAAACUAAAAGGGUCAGGGUAGGGGGGUGCAGAACAUUUGCUUUAUGGCAUUUUUUGCACUUUUUCAUGGAUUGCUUUGUCUUUUUUGAAUAUGAAGAGCCGAAACGCAGGACAUGCCUGAGGAGGUCUGUCAAACACAAGGACCUCGAGAGACGUAAAUUAAGGCUGCUGCAGAAGAUCUCAGAGGAUAGGGAGACCACGCAGAAACACUCUGGGCUCGAAUUAUAUUUCAUACGUCUUUAAGUGACCAAUCAAUUCAUUUGAAGAAGUUUUUCUUUUCUUUUUUUAACCAAAUAAAUUGGUCACCCACACUCCCACUUCUAUCCACUGCUGUAGAUGAUAUGAUAUUCAAUUUAGCUGAACAAUUCCAGCUGUCCCACUGUGCUCUACCCCACCAGUUUGCCCACACGGGUGGAGCUACAAAUGAAUGUAGUCCGGGGGUUUAACCAUGCAGAAACAAAUGGGGGAUAAAAUAUUUUUGUUUUGCCAUUUCUUUAAAAAAAAAAAAAAAAACUAUGCUUUAUCAGAUAUAUUGUCACUUUAUUACUUGAAUUUGUUCCAUACUGUCCAAUGUAUUUGUUCCAUCAUGUCCAAUGUAUUGGUGAUCUGUAUCUUCAGACUCUAUGUUGUUGAACCCUACCAAGAAAGAAUGCAUGACUUCUUGGCAAGAAAAGUCUUUGCUUGUGUGCUUAUGGUCUAGUCUUUCAGCCUAUCCUCUGAUUUUCCAUCUUCUCCCCCAUAACUUCUUUCAUCUCAGUAAUGAAGCUAUGCCUGUAUUGUCCUAUUUCUUUUUUUCUUUUGUUUUCGUUUUGCUUUGUUCAGUUGAUUGAUCCUCUGAAUCCUAACAAGAGAAAAGUACUUGCCUAUUUUGUGUUGUAAUGGUUAUGGUCAUGCAGGUUAUUAUUGUUUUUUUUAAACGAACUUCAGAGCCUGUGAAGGCUUUUGAGGGGAAGAUCACAUACAUUGCCUUGACGUCUUAGAGAUUCUUUGAGGGGUCCCUAAGCUUGUCCCAAAAUAGGGGUUUGACAAAUCCAUAUUUUUGACAAUUGAGCGAUUUCUGUAUAUAAAGAAGGCUGAAAGUGCGUAGGAAAAAAAAACAUUUACCCAACGGGGAUUGUAUUUUAGAAAUAUAUUAUUUUAUUCAUUAAAAAUGGGUCAAAAACAGGUAUGAGACAAAAACAGAAUAUUUGUAUAGUUUUGUUUGAAUGCCUAAGAAGUAUGGUUGUAUUGUUUGUAAAUAGUGUAAAUACCUGGGAUAAAGAUGAGCUAUGUGCAUGAAAAGUAUGAACAGAGUCAAAAGGGGAAAAAAAACAACAAAAGCAGUAGUGGCUAUGCUCUGUAAAAUUAAAACUAUUUCACUAUUAGAGUAUUUUAUUUUAUUUUGAUUGUUCUUGAGAAAGCAUGAUAUUAUUGCAAUAUAAAAAAAGUUUAAAAAAAAAAUACUGUAUUUAGAGUUAGGAGAAGUCUGCAAAAUUAUCUUAAAACAAGUAUGGUUAUGUUUACAUUUUUUGUUUGUUUGUUUGUUUUGGGCUACCAAGAAUAUUUUGCCAAUGGUGCCGAGGUAUGUGAAUGCUAUAUAGCUUAAAAGAGAACUAAGUUAACUUUUGCAGAACAGAUAAUCUUAUAGUUAAAUACACACUAGCACUGAAGACCAUAAGAUCACAAGUGGUCGACGAGCACUAGAACAAUAGGGUACACAGAUGGCAGAGGGAGUCAUAUUUAAGCAGAAAGCAUUUAAGUCUCUCAUGUUGUCACCAUUCCCACAGAUAACGCAAGCAUUUAACCAUCACUGAACACACCAUAGCAGAGUUUAAGUUGUAUAUUUUUGUCGUCAUUGCAAAUGGAAUGUGUUAUUGAGGCAUCUUGCCUGAUCUUAAAGAUUGGCAGCCUUGCCCAUGGUGUUCCUAUACGUAAUCACUCUCUGUCAUUGAGAACAAUUUAAUUCACCUCUUCAAAUUUACCCUAUGUGGCGGCAAGAGUAAGAGCAUUGAUUUAUAAAUCCUUGGCUGAUCCCUGUAACGAACUGGCGACAGGAUUUUCCUAAUAUAGUGUGUUUAAAUUAAAAAAAACCUUGAUCAAGGCUGCCAGGCUCUAAAUAGACCUUGUAUUCCAUGUCAAAAAGAACAGUUGAAAAUGUGUCUAGUUGAAAAACGUGUAGCAUACUGUACAUGACUGGAUUUCUUUGUCAAGCAGCUGAAAACAUUUGCAAAACUAACUGUUCCGACAGUCAAAGGUGCUAAUCCGAUUUUAUCCAGAACGGCAGCACUCAAAGUUGUCACUUGCCUCAAUGCAGGGUCAAUGAGCCAAAAUGACUGUAGUAACUAAUGUGUAAAACAGUGCACUGGUGCCAUUUAUAAUUAUGAGGCAUAAUAUGUGUCUUAUAUACGACAAUAUACGUAGAUAGCAGUUUUGAUUGGGCUGUAGGAACAAUCUAAGAGAGAACAUGAGAUGCUGGUUUAGAGGUGCCUGUUGGUUGCUGCCUCAUUUCUAUAAUAUAUUCCUACCAUAACUACCAGAAAGUGUAUUCUGUAUCAAAGUAAUGACAUUUGAUUAUUCAGCCAAGUGCCACUGAAAAACUUGAGAUUUGUUUGUUGAAGUGUUGUCAUGUUUGUUACAUAAUUAUGAGGCUAAGUAGGUGUUUCUCAGAGUCAGUUUCCUUGACUUACUGGUUGUUUCGUUGUUUUCCACACACCUGAUAUGUAAAUUUUGUUCCCCGAGUGUUUAUGUAGAAAGUGCCUAUUCAUAUCCUGAUCACACAAACCCAGUGUCAGAAUGCAUACAAUGUACCUGAGGUUGAGAGAAUGUCAGAGAACAUGGUCACAGUGCUGUAUCCUCUACAUCAGGGGUCACCAACCUUUUCAAAACUGAGAGCUACUUUAUGGGUAUUGAGUCAUACGAAGCGCUACC